AUGCGUGGCAGGCCAGGCAUACAGCGUGUGCACGGCGGUGAGGGAGGAAAGCCAAUCCAGUUCGACCAAUGUGCCAUUCAGCCUGCUGCCGUCCAUUCCGAUGGUCCUGUGGUCAUGCGUGGCAUGCAGGGAAGGGAGCAUGCCGCGCAUUCAUUGGCCAAUGGGGAUGGGGAGGAGGAGAGGACACAUGCCAGAGGAUGUGUGCACAUGAGGGUGGUGAAAUGGGCAUGGUGGAUGGGCAUGGUGCACGGGCAUGGUGCACGGGCAUGGUGCACGGGCAUGGUGCACGGGCAUGGUGCACGGGCAUGGUGCACGGGCAUGGUGCACGGGCAUGGUGCACGGGCAUGGUGCACGGGCAUGGUGCACGGGCAUCGUGCACGGGCAUCGUGGACGGGCAUGGUGCACGGGCAUGGUGCACGGGCAUGGUGCACGGGCAUGGUGGAUGGGCAUGGUGCACGGGCAUGGUGCACGGGCAUGGUGCACGGGCAUGGUGCACGGGCAUGGUGCACGGGCAUGGUGCACGGGCAUGGUGCACGAGCGUGGUGCACGAGCAUGGUGGACGGGCAUGGUGCACGGGCAUGGUGCACGGGCAUGGUGCACGGGCAUGGUGGACGGGCAUGGUGCACGGGCAUGGUGCACGGGCAUGGUGCACGGGCAUGGUGCACGGGCAUGGUGGACGGGCAUGGUGCACGGGCAUGGUGCACGGACAUGGUGCACGGGCAUGGUGCACGAGCAUGGUGCAUGGGCAUGGUGGACGGGCAUGGUGCACGGGCAUGGUGCAUGGGCAUGGUGCACGGGCAUGGUGGACGGGCAUGGUGCACGGGCAUGGUGCACGGGCAUGGUGGACGGGCAUGGUGGACGGGCAUGGUGUACGGGCAUGGUGGACGGGCAUGGUGGAAGGGCAUGGUGCAUGGGCAUGGUGGAUGGGCGUUGUCCAACAGAUAA